UCGUGCUGCUGAAAUCCACGUGGGUUUAUUGAGGACAGGUGGAAGGAGGAAGGAAGCAGGAACAGGAGCAGGGGGACAACCACACGCAGAGGGAGACAGCUCCAAGAGCAACUGGGGAAGGAUGGGUCAGGGUAUAGAACUGGGGAGGGAUGGGAGUGCUUAGGGUACACACUGUCCAAUGGGAAAAAGGCUUAAGGGAUGAGCCCCAGGGCAGGUGACAGUGUUUCCAAGGGCCCUUUGUGACGUGGUGCCGCACGAUCACCAUGGAAUUGCAAUGGAAUCGGGUGUCCAAGGGCCCUUUGUGACACGUGGUGACACAGCAGCUGGUGGUGCCAAGAGCACGCCAGAGUGCUCAGAGCAGGCGACGGGACAGGACAGGACACAGCAGUGCUGUGAGGAGUCCCCUCACAGCUCACUUGUUCGUGUCCGACCCGCAGCUUUUCUGAGGCGUUGUUCCUGCAGCUGACCUCGAGGCCACAGCACAGCACUUGGUGACCUGUGGCCUUCCCGAGGCUUCUGUUCUGCAGUGACUGACAUGGAGAAAAGACCCCCGAGAGUGCCCAAGCUGGCCUGGGUGGAGGAGGAGGAAGAAGGCCCUGGAGCUGCCCCAGCACAGGAGACUGAAAAGGUGGUGCCAUUCCAUCCACCGCAGGAGGAUGCAGCCCUGGACCACAGACAAGAGCAGGAAUCCACCCGUGGCCGCUUCCGCAGAGCAGCGCAGCUUGUUUGCAAAUUCAUCAAGAGCAUUCGGCAGGAAGAGACCAGCGCCGUGGGCACUGGGCUCAGAGAUUACUCAGAGGUCCUCAAAGAUGAGACCAGUGCUGCCCUGCUGGAUUUGCUUGUGGAGAGGGGUGUUUUCAGAGCAGAGCAAGUGCCUGCCAUGGUGAGAUUCAUCCACCUGUGGCUCACGGCCAAUGAUUCUGCUGAGCACAGGCUGGACAACACCCUGCUGCAUCUCACCAAAGCGCAGCCAAAUGACGCAGUAAUGACACUCCUGCGUGUGGCCCCAUCCUGUGACAGAGCUGCCAUGGCCAUGUGGAAGACCAUCAUGUGCUCAUCCAGGACUGUGAAGCUGGUGCAGCUGAUUCUCCUGGAUGUGCUGGGGAGCUGGCCAGAGUACAGCACGUGCACCUCCGAUGGGGACAAAACGGGUGUCUUUGCCCUGGCUGCAACUGUGGUGAUGUGGAAGAUCCUCCAGGAGCCCUGUGUCCCACGUAUAGCGACAGCGUAUCUCCCCCGCCUAUUUGUGCAUCUUCUCUUCCAAGUGUUCUUCAGCACUGAACAGAUGCCAAAGAAGGUUCUUACCUUCUGGAAGGGAUGCCAGGAGCAACACGGCCUUGCCACCAGCCCCAACAGGUUUGCAGUGCGGACCCUGAAGUCCCUGCUGUGCCAAAAGCAGUACAAGGAUGUGGUGGUGUCAAUGGAACGCAGGUGUGGCUGGGACACGCUGCUCUGUGCUGACACCCACCACUAUGCCGUGGGUCUGCUGGCCAGGGAGAUGCGCCAUGCUUCUCUUGAGUUGUGUUCCAGUAUUGCACUCCACCUCCUCUGGCUGCUCAGCACACAGGAGCCACGCUGGGAUCUGCCUGCCCUGGCAUUCCUCGUGGAGGUCCUCGAGUGCCUAGAUUCAAGUGAAUGUGGUGACAGUGUUGUGGAGGUCUCAUCAAGGUACCUGCAGAGCGAGUGCAGGGAGAGGCGUCGCCUGGCGCUCAGGGCCCUUCUCGAGCUCAUUGACGAUCCCUCGAUGGCUGAAAAAAUGUGGCGCCUGACUGAAAGCCUCAUGGACCUACUGUGGGACAGUGAUGCAGAGAUAGCUGGGCUGACACUCAUCACACUCAGCUUUAUAUUCUUGCACAAAUCCAUUCUGAUCUCAACUCCCAUUGCCCUGCAGCUGGCUAAGGCGCUCCUGCCACUCUUUGACCAUGAAAAUAGCCAGGUACAGCUGCUCUCCAUAAAACUCUUUCAAGACAUGAUGGGGUUUUUGGAAAAGGGAGAAAAGCCUUUGGAAAGGCCUGUGCACCAGAGCCUGCUGCCACUCUUCUUCCACUGCCACAAUGAGAAUCAGCGUGUGGCAGAGGCUUCUCGGGAAACGCUGAUUUGUGUGGCUGAGUACCUGAAGAGGAGAGAUCUUGAAAAACUGGUGAAGAAGGAGAAACUCUGGAUUUUCGCCAACUGCCUGCUGGCAGAGGACAGGAGCCAAGCGGCCGAGCACCUGCGCCGGGCCCUGCCCUACCUGCAGAGCCCACAGGAGCCCCUACGAGAGGCGGCCGUCAGGUUCAUGGGGAUGGCCGGGCGGAGCUUGAGGGGGCAGCAGGGAGAGCUCCAGCUGAUCUGCAAUGCCCUUGAAGGAAUGGUGAAUGACAUCAGCGUCAGCGUUGGAAGCCUGGCAAUUCAAUCAUUGUGCAUCCUCAAGGCAGUAGAGCAGGCUCCCAUCCCAAAGUUCCAGAGGCUGCGAGAUCAGCUGCGCCGGGCAUGGAAGACACGGCCUCGUCUGUCGCGGCUCAGCUGGCUGGGCUGCUGGGGCUCUGUGGAGGGCUGAUCCAGGAGGCUGUCUUUGCUGGGGCCUCCAGAGCAGGCAGAGAUUUUAUUCAAAAUAGCUUUUUCCUUCCUUUUGUUUUCCAUUAAUAUGUAGAUAUUGAAUGUAAAUAAAUAUAUUGUUUUCUUUUC